ACAAUCUCGUCCAAAAUCAACACAGACAUCAUUGUCGAGAGUCUGCUCUCUGUUGCCGAUGAAUAGUCUUCGGUUUAUUGCAGACAAUUCUUGAAGUUAUUUGUAUUCUUUGACAAUUCUAAAUGUUUUUGAAUAUAAUGUUAAAUAAUUUCCAUGCCAAGAAAUACUUUGUUUGAGAAGUUUAGAGUUCAACUUUGAGGAUCUUCAACACUAUGUCUCUCUUGUUAGGUUUACCAGUUCUCGAUGGAGCCAGAAUCAUCAUUGUAGAUGAAGCCUUUGAUGCUAAGUACGCCGAGUCAUUGAUCACAGCCUGGCUACCAGUUUGGAAGGCAAAAGACUCUCGAAACAUAGAUUUGAUAUGUUUUUCUGGACCGAAGCAUUCCAAUAAAAUAUAUUCGGAGUCAUUAAACCUGCUUCAGCAGAAAAUUGAAGUCCAUGAUUUUUAUACUCUAGCUUUAGACAAAGCUGAUCCCUUCGAUGAUCAAAAGCUAUGGGAAUCUUCAAAAAUAGUUUCAUUGAAACAAAAUUCUACAGUUAUAAUUGACAGUUUAAGUUGUCUGAUUCUCUAUAAGGGACUGGCUGAAAGUUGCAGAUUUAUUGAAAAAUUAAGUGCAAAAGUAGCACAAAUAGUAUGCAUCUACCAAAGAGAUUUUGGGCAAACAAAAGUGCCUAGUAUCAAUACUCUGGGAACCAGCUAUGUACGAAUAGAGCAAGCACUCGGCGUAAAAUUAAACCAUAACUUAUCGUAUAAGACUCGAUCUGUACACUGCAAACCUGGAGGUGGUAUUUUGCAGCAAGUUGAAAUCGUCGAGCAGAAUAUCAAUUCCCAUGAGAUCAAAACUGAAAGAGACAAGGUUACCGAUGGAAAAAAUGCUGUGAUCAGAGCAUCAGAACCUGCUAAGAAAAUUCAAGCCUCAUUCAGAAUCGAAAUUAAUGAUCGUGAAAUGGAACAAAGAGAAGCUACACCUCUACCCUACACCAUUGCCACUUCACAACCAAAUGAAUCGAAAAUUCAUUAUGUACCUGACGAAGUCGACGAUCUCGACGAAGAAGAUCCAGAUGAUGAUUUGGACUUUUAAUGGAUGGAAUGAAACAGGGGUGAAUAUUGUUUACAUCUGUCGUAUAUAUUUCACUAAUUUAAAUUUGAUUUAAAUAAAAUAUAUAAUUAUAUAAUUA